UUCCCUUGUCGCAGUUGCAAAAUACAAUCAGUAAGAACCAAAGCGUAUAGUAGCGGCGAGAUCGUUUGAUUACGAUUUCAAGUUAAUCCUAUACAAUCUCAAUCAAUCAAUUCGAUUGCCAUUGUCCGUGUCUACAUACAUGUAGAAUUUGACUCCCCAGUAAUUUAUUUAUAUACACAGUAGAAGAACCAUCAAAUUCACUCUAUUCUGAUCGUGACGAUGAGGAAAACGACCAGAAGUAGCAUCGAUUGUGCAGUUGUUGAUGUUUGGAAACGGGCAGUCGGUGAACUCUCUACCAGAAAUUUCGCCCACCGUCUCGGUGCCUCUGAGGAUCUUGUGCUCCGGCUUGAUGUCUUCCGGAAGCUGGAGAAGCACCGGGGCUGUGUGAAUACGGUUAGCUUCAAUGCUGAUGGUGAUAUAGUCAUAUCAGGUUCUGAUGACCGAAGGAUCAUACUCUGGGACUGGGAAACUGGGAAAAUUGCACUUUCAUUCCAUUCAGGUCAUCAUAACAAUGUCUUUCAAGCAAAAAUCAUGCCAUACACUGAUGAUCGAAGCAUUGUUACCUGUGCUGCCGAUGGACAGGUGAGACAAGCACAGAUUCUAGAACAUGGGAAGGUGGAAACAAAGUUGCUGGCCAAACAUCAAGGGCGAGCUCACAAAUUGGCAAUUGAACCAGCAAGCCCCCAUAUUGUUUACACUUGUGGAGAAGAUGGAUUAGUUCAACAUAUAGAUUUGAGAACAGACACUGCUACAGAGCUUUUUACUUGCCAACCCCUGCGGAUGAGGAGAUAUAUGUCUGUACUUCAUCUAAAUGCAAUUACGAUAGAUCCAAGAAAACCCUAUUUGUUUGCUGUUGCUGGAUCAGAUGAAUUUGCUAGAAUUUUCGACAUUCGCAAAUAUAAGUGGGAUGGAUCCACUGAUUUUGGCCAGCCAGUUGACUAUUUCUGUCCCCCACAUCUAGUUGGUGAUGAGAAUGUGGGGAUAACAGGCUUGGCUUUCUCUGACCAGAGUGAGCUUCUUGUUUCAUAUAAUGAAGAGCUCAUUUAUCUUUUCACAAAGGACAUGGGGCUGGGACCUGAUCCAUCCCCUACAUCGCCAUUGUACAAUGAAAGUGAUGAGAGCGAAAUGGGCCAAGAACCCGAAUCUGAUGCAUCUGCAGUUGUCAUGGAGUCUGGAGCAAACAUUGGUCCACAAGUCUACAAGGGGCACAGAAACUCUGAAACAGUUAAGGGCGUGAACUUUUUUGGGCCCAAGUGUGAAUAUGUUGUGAGUGGAUCAGAUUGUGGUAGAAUUUUUAUAUGGAAGAAAAGGGGUGGGGAUCUUGUUCGUGUUAUGGAAGCAGAUAAGCAUGUAGUGAACUGCAUUGAGUCCCAUCCUCAUACCGCGAUGCUUGCCAGCAGUGGAAUUGAGAAUGACAUAAAAAUAUGGACUCCAAAAGCCACUGAAAGAGCUAUUUUACCUACAAAUAUUCAAAAGGGUUCAACACCUCAUCAAUUUCAUUUAUUCAAUUAUGGCGGUGCGGAAGAUAAUGGCAUCUACUUCUUUGGUACCGGAAGUGACGAUGAGUAUGGUGGUAGUAGUGACAAUGAGGAUGAAGAUGAUAGUGAUAUGGAUGAAGAUGAUGAAGAUUUCUCCGAUGGUAUGGAUGAUAAUGAUGAUGACGAUGACGACGAUAGUGAUGAUGAUGAUGACGACGACAACGAUGAUGAUGGUUUUGAUUUUUUAGAUACACACGAAGAUGGAAAUGGUGUUGAGUUCUUUGAAACUGUUGGGGACCCUGAUUUUGACGAUUCCUCAGAUAAUGACCAAGAUGCUCCUAGUGAUUCAUGCUGUGAUGAUGAUGACUCCAAUGAAAAUGACAUUGAUGAAUGAUGAUGUUGCAACAGUAACAUGGAUUAUGUUACUUCUCGUGAAAGAUGAUAUUAUGCCUGUUACAUGUGCUGAUGAUUUUGCACUUUGUGUUUCCAGCAGAGACCUAAAGCAAGGGGCUGGAUGCAUCACAUGGCUUCUCCAGAGGACCUAAUGUUGCAAUUACUUUCCCAGCAAAGACAAAGAACAAACCUGGGGAGCAUUGAAGAAAAUUCAGAGGUUGGUGCAACGCAUUUUGACAUUUAAUGCAAAUAGUGAUAAUUCUUCUGAUG